UUGACUGAACAAAAGCCGACCGAUCGAAUUGAUAGAAAUUUUGUCUAUCGUUUGGGACUUCUCACUUCAUCGGAGAAAAAGAAAAAUAAAAGGGUUGGUUUUUUUUCGAAAUUUUCAAGAUUCUGAAAAUUGUAGUCAGAUUUCAAAAAAUUAUGUUAGCUUUUUUGUUUCAAAACCUGAAAUUAUAAUAUUUCAAAGUAUCAACCAAUAUUUCAGUAUUUCAGAAAUCAAAAUUAAUCACAGUUAAAAAAAAUUUCCCAACCCUCAAAAUGAUUUUUUUUUCAGAUCAAACCUAAUUCAACAAGCAGUUCUCGAUCAGAAUAUUAUGUGAUGGAGUAUUCACCAAAAAACAUUCACGACCACGAAAUUAAAGUUAGAAAGUUCAGAGUUAGAUAUCGAAAUGGGCCCAAAAAAUUUCCCAGGUAUUUUUUUCAAUUUAAUAUUUUUCAACAAUAAAAUUCCAUAUUUCAGAGUUUAUAUACUGUAUCUAGACUACAGUACUAUGGAUUUCAAGAUUUGA